AUGGUCUCGAUUGGAACUCGCUCCCCCGUUUACGGACGUCAUGGCAUGGUGUCGUGCUCGCAGCCUCUGGCGUCUGAGGCCGGGCUGCGCAUCUUAAAGCAAGGCGGCAACGCCGUGGACGCUGCCAUUGCCAUCGCUGCGGCUCUGAACGUCACGGAGCCUUGUUCCACUGGCGUAGGAGGCGACUGUUUCCUGCUCUUCUAUGACGCAAAGUCCAAGCAAGUUCGAGGACUCAACGGAAGCGGGCGCAGUCCCGCGGCUCUCACAGCGGAGCAGGCGAUCAAAGAUCUCGGGGAGGACGUUACAGUGAUCCCCAGCGGCCACGGCCACGCUGUCACAGUCCCCGGGACAGUUGCAGGCUGGGUCGAUGCGAGUCAAUUGCUGCGUGGUCCAAACGCUGCUGAGCUGCUGAAUGCUGAGGGGCAAGCGCCGAAAGCUGGGGAGAUUUUCAAGAACGAAAAUCUGGCGAAAUGUUUCGAAGAAGUGGUAAAGAGUGGCAAGAAAGCCUUCUAUGCGGAUGGACGCAUCGCUCAAGCCAUCGUGGACAUGGUGAGGGAGAAAGGGGGCGUGAUGACGUUGGAGGACCUUCAAACGCACCAAUCCACGUUCGUGACGCCCAUCAGCACGAGAUUCCAAGGCGUCGACGUGCACGAGAUCCCUCCUAAUGGUCAGGGGAUUACGGCGUUGUUAGCCUUAAAUAUCCUAACGCAACUUACAAAAGAAGGAGGUCUGCCACCUCAGGGUAGUGCCGACUUUGUGCACUUACAGAUUGAAGCUCUUCGUCUUGCCUUCGCAGACGCCAAGUGGUUCGUUAGUGACAUGGAGCACAACACGGCGCUGCCUGUAAAGGAACUACUAAGUGAAAACUACGCUAAAAAGCGUGCAGCUCUGAUAGAUCGAACGAAGGCCGCGAUCGAUCCGAAGCACGGAAGUCCGGAGCUGAGCUGCGACACUGGCAACGCUGUAUCCAUGGUGAACAGCAACUAUGAAGGAUUCGGAACGGGUCUUGUACCCAAAGGUUGUGGGUUCACACUGCAGAAUCGGGGCUGUAACUUUGAGCUGCACGGGUCCAAAGUGGGUCAUCCGAAUGCUCUGGCGCCGAGCAAACGUCCGUACCACACGAUCAUCCCUGGCCUUUCAACGUUUGCUGACUCGGGAGAGUUGCAUUCCAGUUUUACCGUCAUGGGCGGCUUCAUGCAGCCUCAGGGCCACGUCCAGGUGCUGAGCAACAUGCUGUUGCAUGGGAUGAACCCACAGGAGGCGCUUGACGCCCCACGUUUCAGUAUUGACGUGGACCGCCCUACGAAACCUGGUAGAAGCGAUGGCGGUAGUUCAGUACUGGUAGAAACAGAUCUGGGCGACGCUGUGAUUGCUGCGCUUCGUGAGAAGUUCGGCCACAAUAUUCAAGAGGUGGAAGGAUUCAAGCGCACGACGUUCGGUCGCGGACAGAUUAUUCUGCGUGACCCAACGACUGGGGUGCUCUGUGCUGGCUCGGAUGGGCGUGCCGACGGCUGCGCUAUGGGCUGGUAA